GCGCAACAUUCCGGGAGAGUUACAGACGUGGUUGCUAUGGAAACGGAGGGAGGAGGAAGAGGUGGUGCUGAGUCUGUGCAGUUCCGGGUUAGAGUCACACGUGUGUCGGUGGGGUCAACCGGCAAGUUGUGUGAGCGAUGCGGUGUCACUACGAGGUGCUGGGGGUCCGCAGGGACUGCACGGACGAUGACCUGAAGAGGGCGUACAGGAGGCUGGCACUCAAGUGGCACCCAGAUAAAAACUUGGAUAGUGCAGAGGAAGCUGCAGAACAGUUUAAGGUGAUCCAGGCCGCCUAUGAUGUCAUCAGCGAUCCCCAGGAACGGGCUUGGUAUGAUAACCACAGAGAUGCCCUGCUGAAAGGAGGAGUGGAUGGCGAGUACCGGGAUGACAGCCUGGAUCUAGUCCAGUAUUUCACAGUGACCUGUUACUCUGGUUAUGGAGAUGAUAAGAAGGGUUUUUAUGCUGUCUACAGACACAUCUUUGACCUGAUUGUGAAGGAAGAAGUAGAAAGUAAGAUCAAAGAUGAAGCCGAGGAAUACCCAAUGUUCGGAGACUCACAGAGCGACUAUGACACGGUGGUGCACCCAUUCUAUGCCUACUGGCAGAGCUUCUGUACGGCAAAGAACUUUGCAUGGAAAGAAGAGUACGACACCAGGCAAGCCUCCAACCGCUGGGAGAAGAGGGCCAUGGAGAAAGAGAACAAGAAAACCCGGGACAAAGCACGCAAAGAGCGCAACGAGCUUGUCCGCGAGCUGGUGGCCUUCAUCAGGAAGAGAGACAAGAGAGUUCAGGCCCAUAGGAAACUGGUAGAAGAGCAAAAUGCUGAGAAAGCCAAAAAAGUGGAAGAGCUGCGAAGACAGCAGAAGUUAGAGAAUGCAAAACUGGCAGAACAGUACAAGGAGCAGAGUUGGAUGGCCAUGUCUGAACUGGAGAAAGAGCUGCAGCAGAUGGAGGCGCAGUACGACAAGGAGUUUGGCGAUGGCUUAGAAGACGAUGAAGAAGAGACAGAAGAACAGCAGAAUGGACAGGCCAGCGAUGAGGGCGAUGAAGAAAUGUUGUAUGACGAUCUUUACUGUCCGGCAUGUGACAAGGUCUGCCAGUCUGAGAAAGCGAUGAGGAAUCAUGAAAAAUCCAAGAAACACCGGGAGAUGGUGGCCCUCUUGCGGCAGCAGCUAGAGGCGGAGGAGGAAGAGCUCAACCCCUCUAUAGGUGAAGAGAACAGCGUGGUGGAUGGCAAAGACCAAGUUCUGUCUGAAGAAGAGGAGGAGAAACUGGAGGGAACCACAAAACCUAAACUAAGUAAAAAGCAAAAGAAGAAGAAAAAGCAACAAGCAUCAAAGAUACCUGAUAACAGCUUAACAGUGGAGAGUGAUAAAGAAACAAGUCCACCAGCUGAACCCAAGAAGGAUGAAGCAGAGCUGAAUGGCAUUACGGAACAGCAGGAGGACCCUGAACCUGAUGCAGAUAACACAACAGCAGCAGCUGAACCACCAGACAAUGAGGAGAAACCAGCAACAAAGCUGAAGGGAAAGAAGGGAAAAGACAUAAAGAAAGCCGCUAAGAUGACAGCAACACAAGAAGAUGCUGAGGAGCAGACACCACUUUCGCUAAAGUGCAACACCUGUGGGACAGAGUUUUCUACCCGCAACAAACUCUUUACACACCUGAAGAACACUGGACAUGCCUUGGCCGUCGGUAACCCCUCCACAAACACAGCACCAUCUAAAUCCAAGAAGGACAAACGGAAAAAUAAAUGAAACGUAAUAGAGGAACUCUGACUGAUUUCUUCAGAACCUGAGCUGUGCAGGAGAACAACACAGGGUCAUGCAACAUGCUGCACAAGCCCACACGUUCCACCAGUGCAUGGGAUCUAUUAGGGUUGUCUACCUGCAUUUAUUUCAGCAUUAUGUCAAGUUAUGAUGAUGGGUGAAGAAAGCUACACCUUCCCCGCCCCAUCCCAUCAUAUGUGCAAUGAGCUUUGUGGGAUGUCCUUGUGCCUCUGGUUGCUCUUGUAUGCUACAUAGUAAUGUGUAGCACCAGCAUCUCCAUACCACCUACAUCACAAGUGACCCCACCAGCAGAAUAGUGAGUGUGGCUCUGGAGUAUAAUACAGGUUGUGCUCAUAGAAGAAGUAAGGAUGCACUCACUGGUCGUUCGUAGAAAAGCUGGGUGAAGCUUAUUGACUAAGAGUACGUUCACACUGCGGAAUCUGCUAGCGGAGAUUCUGUCUGGCAGCCGCCGCCGAAAAUACUUCGACGGUAGGACUGUGCAGCACUGCGCCGUCACCAUUGACAGCUAUGCAGUGUUCGCAGACUUUUGCGCGAAGAAUGAACAUGUUCCUUCUUUGGAUAGAAUAAUUUCAACAGCGGAAUUGUCCUAUGCUGAAAUUCCUCAGUAUGAACAGGUCUCGCGGAAGACCCAGGAAAUUGCUCAGUGUGAACAGGUAUCGCGGAAGACCCAGGAAAUUGCUCAGUGUGAACAGGUCUCGCGGAAGACCCAGGAAAUUGCUUUGUGUGAGCAGGUCUCGCGGAAGACCCAGGAAAUUGCUUAGUGUGAACAGGUCUCGCGGAAGACCCAUUCACGCUGAUGGUAAUGUUCACUGGGAAUUCUGCAGUGUGAACAUACCCUAAAGCAGAAUUUCUUUGUCAAUGGAGGAACACAGAUACCAGCUCCUUCGGAGCUGGUAUCUGUUUUCCUCCCUUCCUGCAUUGAUGAUGAAAUUCUGCUUUAGUCAAUAAACUUCACUCAGCUUUUCCACGAACGUCAGGUGAGUGCAUCCUUAUUUCUUCUAUGCGCAUAUUUUGACUGUAUUCUUUCUGGGUUUAUGCACCACCGCCACAUGGAUUACAAACGCUACCUGAGUAUCAUAAUUUGAGAAACAGACAAUGGUAACAAACGCCAUGCUUAAAAGUGCUGGAUCCUCUCACUGUAAUAGUAGAAUACAGGUUGUAACUCUGGAUUUAGAGAUGAGCAAACUUACAGUAAAUUCGAUUCUUCACGAACUUCUCGGCUCGGCAGUUGAUGACUUUUCCUGCAUAAAUUAGUUCAGCUUUCCUAGGAAUGUAUCCACCUUUUCCAGCCCACCGGAGCACCUGAAAGCUGAACUAAUUUAUGCAGGAUAAGUAAUCAACUGCCGAGCCGAGAAGUUUGUGACGAAUCGAAUUUACUGUAAGUUCGCUCAUCUCUAACUGGAUUAGUACAGGUCAUGUAUUUAAAAAAUGGUUCCACUUUUUAGGCUAGGUUUCCACGCAGCUUUUUCUGCCAUCUUUUUGACCUGAAAAAGCCACAAAAAAGUGUGGCUUUUUUUUGUGUUUUUGUUGUUAAAAAAAGUAAAAAGGAAAACCUAGCCUAAAAGUGUAUCUGUCAAUAUGAAAUAAAAAAAAAACUUUAGACAUGCCAAAGAUUUUAUCAACACCCAACUGAUAAUGACAGAGAGAGAAGCAUGCUGCGGUGCACUUCUCUCCCUGAUCUGAGACCAGGACGGCCCUGUAAACUCACAUUACACAGAGCAGCGAGGGAAUUCGGUAAGCACGCACUUCCCCUGGCUGCUUCUCACGAUGAAUCGGAACAAUCAUAUCUUUACGACAUCAGAGUUGUUUUUUUUUUUUUUUCAUGACCAUGCCCAUUUGACUGUAAAUCUAUUAUAUAUCUAAACUGAGAAGUCGCGUUCAGUGGUGGUCAUAUGUUUUACCUAGGAUUUUGAAUGUGAAUAUAUUAUGAACAGGUAAGGGACAUUUUGGUGGAGAAUACUUCAACCAAGAGAUGGUAUAAGACACGGUGAAGUGUCUCACAUGUCAUACAGGGCGAGCUGCUUUAUGGCAUAACAAAAGACCAGUUAGGCUGGGUUCACACUACGUUUUGUCCCAUACGGGAGCGCA